GACGUCGGCGGCGCCGCGCCAGCGCCAGUCCGCGUGGACCGCUGGUCCCCGCACGCCUUCGUGGACGCGUUCCUCGCAAAGCACUUCCUCUUCAAGCUGGGGAGGUACGAGGACGCGCGCGAGGCGCUGUCGUUCAUCCUGGAAGACGCGCCUGGUCUCGCCAGCCUCUUCCAGACCGGAUACGACGACGAGGAAGUCACGAUGAGGCUCCCAGCCUUCGUGGACGGGGCAGACGACGGCGACGACGCCCUGUCGCCGCAGGACUUCUUCCUCGCUGGGGGCGCGCAGAGAUUGGAUAUGCGAGAGCUGCUCCGCCGAGGCGCCUCCAUGGGCGGGCGACUGCGAUCGAAGCCCGAGUUGCUGGCGGUCCACGUGCCACAGAGGUGGGAGCGAGGCGACAGCACGGCGCUCUACCUCGGCGGCUGCGACAUCGCGCCCUACUGGGGCGAGCUCCCGGAGGUGGCUCUGAGGGCGGGGGAGGAAGACGUCGCAUACCGCCUGCGCGCCUACGUGCAGUACAUCCAGCCCGAGGGAUCGGAAGCCGUCCCAUCCCACGUCCUGAAUGACCCCCACGGCCAUUUCGUGGCCCACUUCGAGGAGGACGGGAGCUGGCACACUGCAGACGACCUGGGUGAUCGGCCGCACGUGGUCCAGUGGGCGCCUGGCACCCAGCACAAGAUACCUUGCAUGAUCUUCCUUGAGAAGGUGGACUCCAGGGCGGCCCGCGCCGAGGCGUGCCCGUGGCCGCCCGGGCCGGUCGUCGACGGCGCGGGGGGCGCGGGCGGCGACGGCGACGUCGACGCGGGCGGCGAGGACAGUCCUGGCCUCGACGGAGAGCGCGGAGACGAGCAGGGCGGCGCCAGCGAUGCUGGCGCGCUGGGCGCGCGGAAGCGGCCCGCGGCGUCAGCGAGGAUCGACGCGCCCCCGAAGAAGCGGCCCCGCCUCCGCGGGAAGCAGAGCCGCGACGGGAGGCAGCAGCGGCAGAGCCGCGCUGGGAGGCAGCAGCAGCAGAGCCGCGCUGGGAGGCAGCAGCAGCAGAGCCGCGCUGGGAGGCAGCAGCAGCAGAGCCGCGCUGGGAGGCAGCAGGAGAGGCAGCAGGAGAGGCAGGAUCAAAAGCGCGGUUGCAAGCCCGAGGAGGUGCUCCGGCAGGGGCGGAAGCCGAAGAGCAAGGGCGACAACGCCGACGGGUCUAGGCAGGACGCCCAGAACAACGCCGCCGCCCCUGUCCUGCGCAGCAGCAGGGAGGCGAAGAGUUUGCAGGCGGCCUGCGACGCGCGCCGGGAGUGCGGCGACCUCUUCCUGCUCUUGCACUUGCUGGAGCCGCUGGCCGCUGCCGAUGACCUGCUCAAGCAAUACCCGGACUUCUUCGUCUACGCCGGCGACGACUGCGCCAGACGAUGGGCGACGUUCCUGCGCGCCCCCGAUCGGCCUGACAGGUUGGCUGGCAGGCUGCGGGAGGCGCUCGGGGUGACGGAGGAUGAGAUUUCCGACGCCAAGCGCCGACUGGAGAGCGGGGAGUGGCACAUGCACCACGUCGCGGAGCUUCUGGACGAGCGUCUGAACUCCGCCCACAGCGCCCACUCCGCGGCGGCCGCGGUCCGCUUGGCGGUGGGCGACGGGCCGGGCGCGCAGGACGACGGCAACCCGCUGAGGGCGCACCUGGCCGAUGCGUGGCAGCGCAGGCCCUGCAACCGCGGCCCGCCCCGGCACUCGGCCAUGCCUGCGCGCCUUCGGGAUCGCUCUGAGUGGUUCCAGUGCCCCGCGCCUGCUCUGCAUUAUGCCUGCCGCAUGUGCGAGGCCGAGUUCCCCAACAGGGAGGCGUUCAAGGCGCACCAGGGCAGAGUGCACGGGGGGCAGCGGUGGUACCAGUCGCAGUAUGUGGCGCGGUGCGAGCUGGAGCCCUACCAGCCGUCGCCGACCGAGGAGCGCCAGGUGGUUGCCAGGUUCCACAUUUCCCAAUGCUGCGCCACCGUCGACCCCGUGGACGAGCCGUUCGUCCCGAAGCCCGAACCGGAGGUGCAGAUGCAGCUGCUCCACGCGGAGAUCAUCGGCAGGAUCAUCGGCAAGAUCGGGCAGGGGGGGCCCGCGGAGGAGAUCUCCCUGCAGGCGGCCGGCGCGGCGGAGGCGGCAGCCCGCGCUCAGGCGGCGUGUCAGGCGAGGGAGCCCCGCGCUUUCCAAGCCUGCGUCUGCUGCGCCAUGCAGCAGUGGUCCGAGAACCUCCACUCGGAGUUCCUCGUCGGCGACAAGUGCACCAUAAAGGACCGGGCCCAGUUCGCGGACUGCCUGUCGGCCGAGUGGUACCACCAACGAUGGCCCCUCAUACCGCGCGACGAGCUGAUGUCGUCGGCCGUGGACUUUCCCCACGACGACUGCGAGGGCUCGCCGACGUCCACGAAGAUACUCCUGCACAGGAGGCGCGUGCCGCCUGAGGCGCUCGAAGGGAAGGUGCCAGUGAAAGUGCGCGACGAUUGCCGGAGAGACCUGUGGUCUGAUCACCCCAAGGUGCCGCUGAUGGCGCUGGUGAACGACCUCUGGCUGGGCCGCCACCACCCCUUGCUCAGGAAGGCCGCUCUCGCGCACCAGAUGCUGCUCGCGCUCGGCCGCGUCGCGUCCACGAAGAUCUACCUGUCCAGCAAGGGCGCCGACAAGGCCGUCCGGCAGGAGCAGCAGUCGCGGAGGCAGAAGUUCUUGCAGCACGCCAUGCAGGGCACCGCCAUCGUGUUCGGGAACGGGAACGCGGACCACGCGACGCGGAGCUUCCCGCCGGAGCCCGACAUGCUCAGGGACACGUUCGUGGCCGUCUUCGCGGGCGCCGACGACGACGAGGAGGGCAUCCCCCUGACCGAGGAGCAGAAGCAGGAGAGGGCCCUGAGAGCCAUGAGGGAGGAGGUGGCGCUGCACGUCGACAAGGCGGAGUACGACGCCCAGGCGCGGUUGUUGAAGCAGCACAACUACGUGUACAAUGAUCCGGGCGUGCAGUACCGAUCGGACCUCGUGGACCAGUUCCCCCCGCAGCCUGGCGUGCCCGACUUCAUGCUGGCCUGCGCGAAGUAUGUCCCCACGGACGCGGCGUUGGACGACGUCGCGCAGGCGCAGGGGCCCGCGUCGGCCACCACUGGUGCGCAAGCAGAGAUGAGCGCGGCCGCCGAGGACGCGCAGGAGCUGACCAAGUGGCUGUCCGUCCUUGAGGACCACAUGGACGACGUCAGCGAGCUCACGUCCCUGCCGGCGCUCCAGGGCAUGCUCGAGAGGAUGGAGAGUCAGGCGGGGCGCGUGGUGGCCAACGAGCUGAUGUCCAGGCUCGAGGACCAGGGAGGUGAGGAUAGGGCGCUGCAGCUGGACGAGAUCGGGCGUCACCGCCUGCGAGACCUCUGCCAGGAAUUCCACGCGCGCUGUCGGAAGAUCUCCCCAGGGGAGGACAUGGCGAAGCUGCACUGGCGUGUCCAGGCGCUGGAGACCAACAACUGCCAGGCGGAGGAUGGCGUGGGCGACCCGGCGCGACCUGCAGGAGUCGCGGGGACUCCCGCCGAGGACGACCCGCGCUCCUUGCAGGGACCGCCCGGCCCCGACGGCCAGCGAAAGGCGAGGCUUCGGGUGCCCACUUCGAGGAAGGCGGAGAGCUGGUGGAAUCCGAAGUACUGGUCGACUGCCAGACCCACGAACUUCUGCUACGGGGACUGCGCCUGGGGCCUCGGCCAGCUCCCCCCGGACGGAGAUGAGGACCCGCAGAAGCAGAAGGAGGGUCGGCUCUGCUUCAGCGUGGCGCACUUCAUCAAUAAUCUUCUCACGCGGGAGGAGAUGGAGUACGACGUGCCUGCCGACGAGGAGAAAUACGUGGCCAGGCCCAUCAGUCGUUUCCGGAGCUCCUGGUACGACGUGCACCUGCUAUGUUCCUUCUGGAGAGUCACGGAGACGACCAACAGCACCUACACCUUCAUGAAGACGCCCGGGGCGUUUGGGGCCGCUCGCGCCUGCGCGGACAUCACGCCGGAGACGAUCGAGGAGGUGCAGCUCAGGGCGCAGCAGACGGGCGGGAAGGCCACGCUGCGCGGCAUCCUCAAGGACAAGGACACCCCGAACGAGGUGCGGAAGGCCUUCGCCACCCUGGGCCAGGCCACUGCCAGUCAAGUCGGGCCCCACGGACACAGGCGGGAGCUCCGCGGAGAGGGCGAGGCGUAUACCCUGCGCUUCGGCCCGCCCGCCCAGUUCGUCACCCCGAAUCUGGCAGACACCAAGCAGCCCCUGAUCCUCAUCAUGCAGGGGGAGGAGUACACCUUCGGCAACGACCUGACCGAUGCGGAGCAAGUCACGUUCAGCGAGAUGUCGCAGCGCAUCGCCGCGGACCCCGUGGGCCAGGCCGUGGUGUUCGAGCUGAUGAUGAGGCUGUUCUUCGUCCACGUCCUCGGCCUGCGCCCGGAGGCCGUCGGGUGGCGGCGAGGAGAAGUUCGAAAGGCUUCGGAACACUGGAUCUCCGACGGCGUGGCGGCCGACCUCAUGGGCGUGCCCACGGUGUUCGGCCCCCUGGCGGCGGCCUUCGGUCCGGUCGAGGCUCAGGGCCGCGGCUCGCUGCACCCGCACAUCCUCAUCUGGCUGUUGCAGGGUCAGCUGCGCGUGCUCUUGGACAUGCUGCAGCGCGACGAGGCGCGCUUCCAGGAGCGCUUGAACCUGUGGAUGCGGCAGGUGGUGCAGGCCGUGGUCGCCACCCAGCAGAGCGCCGUGGAGCUGCUGCCCUUGCUGCUGCAGGGGGGAGAGAACAAGUGCGGGGUCGCGGUGCCGCCGCUGCCGUUCGGGCCCAACGAGAAGCGGUACUUCAGAGCCGACGGGGGCGCGGAGAUGGUGACUGCAGAGCAGCUCGGGGUCGAAGGCGAGACGGAGCCGCAGGAGCUGUGGUUAUACGAGCCCAAGGUAGACCACUACCACAGGGCGAUUCGCCCCGAUCUGCCGCUGCGCAACAACGACGGCGAGGCCGUGGACGGCGAUGCGGCGUGGACAGAGCAGAGGGCCGCGGAGAACAAGGGGCACUGGCGGCGGCCGCUCUCCAGCAGCGCCUCCGGCAUCUUCCCGAGGUACCGCGGCGGGGGCACCAUGGCGGAGUCUCUCCCAAGCGACGAGUGGAUUCGCGAGAUGUGCCGCGACGCGCGCGAGCUUGUCAUCGGCUGCGGCAUCCACGUCUGCAGCCCCUCCUGCUACAAGUACCAUUCCGACAAGACGCGCGGCGCGCAGAUCUGCCGCCACAACUUCUACAACUUGGUGACACUGUGCACGUGGCCCAAGGGGGGGGACUCCCAAGAGUGCCGGCUCCGCACACGCGGGAAGGCUCUGCGCGGCUGCAUCGGCAUCUUCCGCGGGACGGACUACGGCAUGGCGGGGCGCAUCGUCACCUUCCAGCUCCACCCCGGGGAGACCUCGACGAAGUACGCGGCGGUCGUCUCGGCGCGGUGCAACGUGGACGUGCAGGAGGACCGCGAGAGCUACAAACAUGGCCUCUACCCUCAGCGCUACGCCGACUUCUCGGUGGGUGCUCGGGAGGACUGGGGAUGGUUCCAGCACCUGAACACCACGUCCGCGGAGAAGUGGGACCUCGUCGUAGUCACCGACUGGCACGAGAUCUUCAGGGAGCUCGCGAACCGCGACAGCCCCGCCGUGGACGGUGGCGACGCUGCGCGCGCCGACCUCCAACGCGACCUGGAGCGGCACGCGCUGGCCACCUUCGUGGACGCCCACAACACGAGCUACUACGUCAGUUCGUGCACCACGAAGGUGAACCCCAGCAUGGACGACGUGCUCUGCAAGCUCCUCGACGGCGUGCGCCGCCUGAAGAGCCAGUGGGACGACAGGUCGACCGCCGCAGGAAAGCGCAAGGAGGAUUUCAAGCGCACGCUGGAGGUGCUGGCCCGCUUCGAGACCUGCUUCCGCAGAGCCUCCUGGAAGAGCGGCAGCGAGAUGGUCUUCCCCAUGCUCUUCGGGCACCUCUCCUUCAUGACGCACCGUUGCUGGAAGGUGUUCAUGCGGAAAUCCAUCUACCUCGCCGCGGAGUCCUGGCGCAGGCGAUACGGCCAGGCCGACACCGCGGAAAGCGCACCCGCCGCCUCGAUCACGCACGCGGUCCCCGGCACUGGACAGCAGGUCGCGAUGCCGGGGUGGCGCGAGGUGCCGCGCGAGGGCGAGACGGUGUACUUCAGCCCCGACGGCGAGGAGUUCGACACGAUCGAGUACGCGCACCAGGCGUUCCAGAUCGCGAACGCCAGCGGCGGCUCGAUGCGCGAUGUGACGAAGGCGUUGAACAAGAUGCGGGAAGGCGAGGCCGAAGAGGUGCCUGAGGCUCUGGGGCCGACUUUCGAGGGCCUCGCGCAGGGCAAGUUCAGGGGCGCAGCGUUGAGCCAGCACGACGACUGGAUGCACCGCGGAGACCACCCUAUUGUCCGAGACAUGAGCUUGUACGUCUACAGCAUCUGGGUGUACCGCGUGGAACUGCCGCUGCAUGCCCUUCCGGCCGGGGAGCUGGAUCCCGAGGGCAGCGGGGGUCGCACCCUGCACGUCGACAUCGCCUUCGACUCGUCCUACUCGGCCGACGGCUUCCAGUUCGUGAGCGCGAAGUCGAACGUGGAGACACACUACCUCAUGAAGUCGGUGCUGCUCUGGCCAGUGCACCUGCCAGACGCCGACGGGCCCAACGACACGAAGGAGCUGCGCCACCUCCGCGCGUACGAGCACCU